UCUCCCAGGGGGACGCAGGACUCUACUGGUGCAGCGUCUCUGAAACCGGGACCUCCCCACAGAGCCGGCUGGGGGUCCGGAAGCAGGCUGAAGCAGCUGAUGAGGAGACUGGUCACUGGACCCCCACCACCCCCACCCACCCCAACUUCCACCCACCCCCCCGUCCUCCCCACCGGCCUCCUCCCUCUGCUCGGGGUGGUUGUUGGCGUGUUGGUGGGGGCUUCUCUGCUGCUGCUGGGGGGACUUCUUCUCUGUAGGAACCGUGGAGUCUCAGGACAGGACGCUGUGGAUCAGGACCACGGGACGUACGCUGUGGUCCAGAAGAAGCAGAAGAAAAAGAAGAAGAAAGAGUCUCGUGCAGGAGAUCCAGACCACGGGACGUACGCUGUGGUCCAGGAGAAGCAGAAGAAAAAGAAGAAGAAAGAGUCUCGUGCAGGAGAUCCAGACCACGGGACGUACGCUGUGGUCCAGAAGAAGCAGAAGAAGAAAGAGUCUCGUGCAGGAGAUCCAGACCACGGGACGUACGCUGUGGUCCAGAAGAAGCAGAAGAAGAAAGAGUCUCGUGCAGGAGAUCAGGACCACGGGACGUACGCUGUGGUCCAGAAGAAGCAGAAGAACAAAUCAAAUCUUCCAGCCUAGAGCGAACCACGGCGGCCAGAAGAAGACGUCGUCUGCUCUUCCGUGAGAAUAUCUGAGACAUGAAAUUCAGAAGCCAAAUGCUUCUUUGGCGUCCUGAUGAUCAACCGUUUGGUUCAAGACCAAAUACCUGCAAAACGAGGACAUUCCCAUCUGUCCCAGCUGUUCUUGCUCUGUGCUCUUUAGCAAACAUUAGCAUGCUAAGCUAAAGCUUAAGAUGUCAUACUGAUUGAUUGGGUCAAAGGGUGACCUGUAAGGUCGUAAAGCAUCAGGUGUUCCUCUCACAGAUGUGCUGAUGUUUUGUGUUCUGAGGGUUCUUCUCUCCUCAGAACCGCUCUUUGAAGACACAAAUGUUAAUAAAGACGUCUACAAGCAUCA